AUGACUUCUUUACCCUCAAUAGCUGAAUUGAUGGUUGGUAUUCUAAAUUCCAGUCCAGGAAGAUCUACUGAAAAGAAUGUAAAUAAACUGGUUGGGGCAUUCGAAGCCAAUUUACCACGAGCAUCCUCUUCAAUUUCCAGUUUGCCAGCUGUUGAUUCACGGACUUCUUCACUUUCUUCCCUGCCUGCAAGUAAAGAACCUUCAUCUGUGACUGGGAGCUACACCUUGGGAUCUUCAAAAAGCAGCCUGGUCAGUGUAACAAACUCCCCGGAAAAAUUGGGCUCAAAUGUGCCUGCUAUAGACAGUAAUCUUCUUUCACACCAGACAUAUGCAUGCUUUGUAAAUGGCUCUUUGCAGAGGCCUGGCUUGCCAAAUCGAUAUAUUUCCUCAGAGACUAACAUCCAUGGUGACACGGCAAGAAUGGCCCAGUCUUUCGGUCGUGAUCAAUUUUCAACUGAUAAUUUGGGUCAUUAUGUCUCGAGAGAGUACGGCUCUGAGCUACGCUUCCCUCCUUUACGGUACUCACUUAGCGAAGCCGACCAGUUUAAUUCUGACACGGGUAUGCAUACAUCACCACACACACCACAUGCGUAUCUGAUGGAUCCUUAUCAACGUCCACGUCCAUCUUCUGUUUCUCAUUUUCCAAAUGUUGGGUAUUCAAGUCGAGUCGGCUCUAUUGUCAUGCCUCCUUCUUACUUUCCACAUGAAAAUGCAACAGCAUUUCCAUUUGGCCUGGGCCUGAGACCAAAUUUGCAAGAAACAGUUCAGUUUAAUCGUGUACAAACAAACUUCGAAAGGCCCGCAUUCGGAAAUAUACCCGUCGGAUUUACCCUGCAACCCCUCAUGAAUACCAUGGGCCACCAGGAAAGGCCAGCUGCUGUAGCUCCCGCACUUCAACUACAACGUCAGGAUGAUCCUAAAAUUCCCAAGCGGCGAGUGAUAAAGCGUCGCACACGAACCGGGUGUCUUACAUGCCGUAAAAGAAGAAUCAAAUGUGAUGAAGCGAAACCGCAUUGUUUGAACUGUCAAAGGUCUCGUAAGCUCUGCUUGGGUUAUGAGGCAAUUCCAAAAAAUCGUCUGCUUGCCGAGCAGGAGCCUGUAUCUCAGGAGGCAUAA